GUUUUGCUGUUACGCAAGUAUGACGGUGGCUGUUCGAAUUUUGCCAAGCAGACCAUCGUGCGCCAGAUCAAGCAUCGGCUGUGGCAGAGAUUCCACCACCGCUCCACUGUGCUGCAAAUCCAGCACAGUUGGAGCGAUGUGAAGCGGCGCAACCCGCAGUUUUUGAAAAAAGGUUGCCCGCCGAAUCUCUGCCACAGCUGAUGGGCGCCAGGCGGUGGUCUGCUUGGCAAAAAAACCUCACAGGAGGACAGCCACCGUCCACUUCUUCCAACCAACAGGCGGGGCAUCCCCUGCGGAGACUCCGCAUUGUGGAAGAACAAGACAGUGAAGAGGAGGGCCAAUCACCAGCUAUGUUGGAAGAGGGGGAUGAGGAGGAGGAGGGCACAUCCUCUCAGGCUCACUUACCAGCAAGGUUGCCCACAGUGGAGGAGGAGGAGGCGGCGGUGGCACCACCACCACCACCACCACCACCACCACCACCACCACCACCACCACCACCACCACCCCUGUCUCCGCGGUCGCCUGUGCUGCCGGAGACUCCCUCACCUCCAGUUCACUCACCACCAGCCAUGUCAGAAGAGGGAGAGGAGGGGGAUCCCUCUUCUGAGGCACACUUUCAAGCAAGGUUUUCUCCGGAGGAGGAGGAGGAGGAGGCCCACCAGCCACCUCCAGAAUUUAGUCCACAGCAGGAGGCCCCCUCACCUCCAGCUCACUCUCCAGCCAUAUUGGAAGAGGGUGAGCUGGAGGAAGAGCAGAGGGAGGAGUGGUCACCCCCUCAGGUCCACUUCACCUUGCACUCAGAAAGGGAGUGGCUGCACUUCAGAGCCCACAGGAGGCAAUGGAUGGAGGAGGAGGAGGAAGAGGUGGAGUCGUUGGAGGAGGGCCAACUCCCCUCCAGUUCCCCUGAGCCCCAGGACCCAGUUGUACUUCCCAAUGCCCCACCUGCUAUGGGGGAGCUACAGCCCCCACUGGAUGCAGAGGCUGACAUCCCAGAAGUGUUCAACCACCCAGCCAUAAGAAGCCUCAUGGGCUGGGUGUGUGAGCGCAUUGGGACGCUGGAGCAGGCAUUGGAGGUGGGGCCAGCCGAGAACCAGCCAGACAUUGUGGCCUAUUUUCGUCAGUUUUAA